AUGGAAGUGUAUGUUGACGAUAUACUGGUCAAAAGCAUCAAGGCCAAGGACCACUGUCAACACCUAACCGUAAUGUUUGAUAUAUUGAGGAAGUAUGGAAUGAAGUUGAACCCAGAGGAAAUGUGUUUUCGAGAAAAUGGCAUUCAAUAUCCAGUUUAUUAUGUAAGCAAAGCGCUUCACGAAGCCGAGCUCAGAUAUUCACUUGUAGAAAAACUGGCAUUCACCCUGCUGAUGGCAGCGCGAAGAUUGAGGCCAUAUUUCUUGGAACACCCCAUUGAGGUCCUUACUAACUCUCCAUUGAAGCAAACGCUACAAAGGCCCGACACCUCUGGACGGAUGGUAAAAUGGGCAGUAAAACUCGGACAAUUCGACAUCAAAUACACGCCCCAUUCCUCUAUAAAGAGCCAGGCACUUGUCGACUUUGUCUCUGAGUUCUGCAACGUCCCAAUUGAAGAACAACAUAAAGAAACCCCUUGGAAACUUUAUGCCGACGGUUCAUCCACCGGAGAACGAUCUGGAGCCGGCAUUGUAUUAAUCAGCCCUGAUCACCGCAUAUUUUGCGAAGCCUUGCCAUUUGACUUCAAAGCCUCAAAUAAUGAGGCUGAGUACGAAGCUCUCAUUGCUGGAGCAAGGAUGGCCUUAGGACUAGGGAUCUCCAACCUAAUCCUACACAACGACUCCCAACUAGUCGUGAAUCAGGUCAACGGUGUAUAUAUGGCGAAAGAAGACAGGACGGACAACUACCUACGAGUUGUGAAAAAAGAACUUGAAAGAUUCAACACCACCCAAGUCAAACAAAUUCCCCGAUCUCAGAACAAUCACGCCGAUGCACUGGCCCGCUUAGCCACUAGUGAGGCAAUCGAGGAGUUCGAUAGCAUCCAUGACGAGAUCACCCCUUACCUGAAAAUCGGAAAAUAUCUCGAAAACUCUGCAGAGGCUAGAAAGCUCCGAACAAGGUCGGCCAGGUACACUCUAAUUGAUAAUGUACUAUACAAACGAGGUUAUUCCACGCCCUUGUUAAGAUGCGAUAAGUGCCAGCGCCUCACCCCCAUCAUAAAUACUCCAUCGCGUGAACUGAACCCAGUAACAGCACCUUGGCCCUUUGCAAAAUGGGGGGUUGACCUAAUUGGACCCAUGCCCAUUGGAAAGGAGGGGUUCGGCAUACCUCACUCCAUUGUUACGGAUAAUGGAAAACGGUUCGACAAUGCACGACUUUCAGAUUUUUGCGAAGAGCUCAGCAUCAAGAAACAUUUCUCAUCACCAAACCAUCCACAGCCAAACGGCCAAGUCGAAGCCAUUAACAAGAUUAUUAAGCACACAUUGAAAGCAAAACUCGAUUUGUUUAAAGGAGGAUGGGCCGAAGAACUCUCCAGUGUGUUAUGGUCUUAUCGUACUACUGCAAGGACAAGCACAGAAGAAACCCUGUUCUCACUGACUUUCGGCAUAAAGGCCGUGAUCCCACUAGAAAUCAACAUUCCUUCACUGCGCAUAACUGAUUACGAAGAAGAAAGGAACCCCAUAGCUCUUCGCACAAAAUUCAACCUAACCGAGGAAAAAAUGAACAACGCCGAACUCAAGAAUGCUGUUUACAAACAGUGGAACGCCAAGUAUUAUAACCAAAAAGUGCGAAAAAGAGAAUUUGAGGUAGGAUCCCUCAUCUUACGGAAGGCAUUCCUCCCCACAAGAGAGAUCGGCAGUGGAUGCCUGGGUCCAAAUUGGGAAGGUCCUUAUCUGAUAACAAAUGUCCUGCUAAAGGAGGCAUAUGAAUUGGAAGACUUGGGAGGUAGAUCCUUACCCAUCCUUGGAAUGCCGACCACCUUAAGCAGUACUAUUAGUGAAUGGAAAAAGCCCCCUUGUAAUGUCAAUCACAUCAAUAAAAAUUGA